UCUACGCCGCGAUAUUGUACGCGACGGUGCUGCAACUAAGUAAUAAACAAUGAAGUCUUUUAUAAAUUAUUCCCGAGACUGCGAGUUUCCCAUUGAAAAUUUGCCGUACGGAGUUUUUUCUACAUCUGAACAGACACAAAAACAUGUGGGAGUAGCGAUCGGUGAUCAAAUCCUCGAUUUGUUUGCGAUAUCCCAUUUAUUUACCGGACCUCUGUUAUCUGGGAAGCAACAAGUCUUUCAACAGGAUUGUCUCAAUGAGUUUAUGUCACUUGGAAGACCCGCGUGGCUUGAAGCAAGAUCGACUAUUCAAAAUUUGUUAUCUCCCUCAAACACGAAACUUCAAGAAGAGCCUCUGAGAUCCAAAGCUUUUGUGAAACAAGAAUCAGCAACGAUGCAUUUGCCAGCAAAAAUAGGAGAUUACACAGACUUUUAUUCAUCAAUUCAUCAUGCUACUAAUGUUGGAAUCAUGUUCCGGGGGAAAGAAAACGCUUUGAUGCCAAACUGGAAAUAUUUGCCAGUGGGUUAUCACGGUCGUGCAAGUUCAGUAGUGAUAUCAGGAACUCCACUGCGUCGUCCUCGAGGACAAACGGCUCCCGUGGAAGGUCAGGCCCCAGUCUACGGAACCUCGAAGCUGAUGGACUUCGAACUAGAAGUUGCGUUUUUUGUCGGUGGACCUCCGACUAAUCUCGGAGAUUCAAUCCCCGCUACGAAAGCUUACGACCAUAUUUUUGGAAUGGUUUUGAUGAAUGACUGGAGCGCGAGAGACAUCCAGAAGUGGGAGUACGUGCCCUUGGGUCCAUUCGGUGCAAAAAAUUUCGGGACAACUAUUUCACCGUGGGUCGUAACUAUGGAAGCUCUUGAACCUUUCAAAGUUCCUAACAUGGACCAGGAUCCAAAACCUUUUGAAUAUCUCCAGCACAAAAAUUUCUGUAACUUUGAUAUAAAACUUGAAGUCGACAUCAAAACACCUAAAGGAGUUGUCACAACAGUGUCGCGUAGUAACUACAAAUACAUGUACUGGACACCUCAGCAGCAACUUGCUCAUCACACGGUAACCGGGUGUAAUAUCAACCCUGGAGAUCUGAUGGCAUCCGGUACAAUAAGCGGCGAAACUGCUGAUUCAUUUGGAUCCAUGCUGGAAUUGUCAUGGAAAGGAACCAUGCCCGUAUCAAUGCAAGACGGAAGUACCAGAAAAUUUCUUCAAGACAAUGACGAAGUUAUAAUUCGCGGAUAUUGCGUUGGAGAUGAUUACAAAGUUGGAUUUGGAGAGUGCGCGGGAAAAUUAUUACCUGCCUACUCUGAAUAAUUAUUUUUAUAUGGAAUAUAUAUAUUUUUGUAAUGCAUUUAAAUAAAAAUUCAUUCUGGAUUUUUAAAUAAUAAAAUUUUAUCGGUUUGAACCUUCAA